AUGACACGCUUUUCAUCAGGAUCUGAGAUUGGCAAGGCAACUCUAGGGCCUGUUUGCAGGAACAAAUAUUCCAAUCUCUUCGAGAGAGAUGCGCUCUGCUGUGAUAUACUCGUCCCUUCGCUCGGGGAAUCUGGAGCCUUAACUAGCCUUCCUUUCGGCCACAGCAGAUGUUUUGGGCUGAUUUCUGGUGAUUUCAAUCCGGUAACUCCCAAAGACUCUCAUCCUGUAGAAAGCAAUGGUCCCACUGCCUGGCUAUCUCUUCGUCCCGACGAAACUGGUUAUACAUGGGGGGAGUAG